UAUUACUAUCUACUUUGUUAAACACAUGGUUGUCUGUAAUGCUCUGUAUAUCCAGAGAGAGAAGUGUACGACUCGAAAGAAACAAUAGCCCGGCACUAGCAGGCUGCACACUUCCGGAUUCGGGUUGCUUUUCCGUAUCAAAGAGUUUAUCUUAGCCAGUCCGGGGCUCGUUAGCAUUAGCAUGCUAACCUGCGGAGCGCAGCUAACAGCUCUGCAGAUUUACCGUGUACGGAUUUGGGUUAAGCCCCUUAGGACUGUGUGCUCGCAUUUAUUUUCACGCGUGUUUAAGUAGCUCCUCUUGAGUUUACUCUUACGACGCGGCUGAACUGUGGUAUGAGUGCAGCGACGUUCUGUUUUAAGUUAGAAACACCGUUAGCUAGCGAGCUAACUAGUUGUUAGCCAGCCAGCUAGCUUUCCUAGCUCAGCCUCUAGCUCGCUCGCGCGUCGUCGUUGUGGUGUUUGGUUAGCAGCUUUAGCUGUGGCUGUGAGGUGGCGCUGUCAGGCCGCGCGCGAAAACUGUGGGUGUCUUUUAGCUAGUAAAUAUUUACUACUGAGACCUCCAACCCAGGCUAGUUUAGUCGUACAUCAUUUGCUAGCUUGAUAAAAAAUAUUUUUCUGGAUUUUUAUGAUAUCGUUGAACUGUAUGCCUGUAGUUAGAUAGUUAAGCUUUUAAGUCAUAUAGUUAAUUUCAACUAGUGACUUACUGCGACACAAGUUUUAUUUUCUGUAUAGCCAUAACACUUAACUAAUUAACGCUAGCGUUAACUAUGCAAAGACCAGCAUUAGGCGUAAAUAAAUACAAGUGUAACGUUAGCAAAUUCAUAUACAGCUCUGGAAAAAGUAAAAGAUCACUUAAGUUUUUGGAUCAGUUUCUCUGGUUUUGCUAUCUAAGUUAUAGGUAUAUGUCUGAGUAAAAUUAACAUUGUUGUUUUAUUCUGUUAACUACGGACAACAUUGCUCCCAAAUUCCAAAUAAAAAUACUGUUAUUUAAAGCAUUUAUUUGCAGAAAAUGAGAAAUGGCUGAAAAAAACAAAAAAGAUGCAGAGCUUUCAAACAUCAAAUAAUGCAAAGAAAACAAGUUCAUAUUUAUAAAGUUUUAAGAGAUCAGAAAUCAAUAUUUGGUGGAAUAACCCUGUUUUUUUAUCACAGUUUUUAUGCAUUUUGGCAUUUUCUCUUCCACCGGUCUUACACACUGCUUUUGGAUAACUUUAUGCUACUCCUGGUGCAAAAUUUCAAGCUUGGUUUGAUGGCUUGUGAUCAUCCAUGUUCCUCUUGAUUUUAUUCCAGGUGUUUUCAAUUAGAUAAAAUCAAAGUAAUUCAUAAUUUUUAAGUGGUCUCUUAUUUUUUUUCCAGAGCUGUAUGUUAGCUAAGGGUUAUACCUGGUUGCCCAAUUACUCAUUUACUUGUUUUAUUGAUUAAGUUGACAAUGCUGAGCUUGCUCUAGAUAUCUAACUAGAACAACAACUCUUUAGUUAAGCUAAAUAUCUAUGAGCCUAACUGUGUGUAAUGUAAGCUAACUAGGUUAGCUGACACAACCUCUAUAAUAUAGUUAGCUUAGAUAAAUUCUAGCUAUUAUUCUGCUGUUUGAAUUGUCUGUCAUGAAAGCUUUUGAAUCAGUUGUUAGCAAUGUAGGUUAUCUAGUGAUGGACUAUUUGUAAGCACGUACAGAAUCAGGUCGGUUCAAUCAUUUCAAACGUUUCUUAAACAGCUUUAAAUACAACAUUUGCACAGCAUUCACUGUCUUUACCAUGUGCUUAUUUAUUUAGCUCCUGCAAUCUGUCUUUAGUUUCACAGUUCUACUGUGGUGUUCCUUGCAGGAUGUCUUCAGUGGUAAAUGUCAACCGCAGGUGCACCUCUUUGCUUGUCAUGAGUCCCACUUACACCAAGUUUUUAACAGUCCGGUUGUAAACAUUUCUUUUGUUUGAGAUUGUAAAUCCAGAGUUCAAGUCAAUGGUUAUACAUCUAGGAAGUGAAACAAGUCAAAAAACUAGUUCAUAUAAGCCAGAGUUCUUAAGUAAUCAAAUCCGUCACGUGAAUCGUUAUGGUCACCACUAUGAAUCACAUAGUGAAUCACAUUGCCCUUCUGAUUCAUGCACAUCUAAAUAGUUAAAGAUCAAAAGGACAGUAUGGCCACCACUGUUGCUGUCAGUCCCAGUGAAUAUCUCCAGCCUUCCAGCACCACGUCUCAAGAUUCUCAGCCCUCCCCUUUGGCCCUCUUGGCUGCAACUUGCAGUAAGAUCGGCCCACCUGCGGCCCAAGCCCCAGUCAGCACUCCACCGGCCCAGCCAACUACGCGUCGCUUGCACCCCAUCAAGCCUGCUCCCAUCGCUCCGGCUCCGCCCAAAAAUAUGGCCUUCCUGUCAGCUAAGGGAAAUGUGAUCCAGCUGCCUGCAGGCUUAGGUUCUUCAGGAGCCAGCCCAAUCCUUCUCACUAUCCAGACCCCCACACGACCAGCAGGUACGACUGCUGCCAACAUCCAGUACCAGGUGGUGCCCCAGAUCCAGGGAGCCCAGACCAUUCAAAUGAUGCCCCAGGGUGGACAGAUCCAGAUUAUUCCUGGGACUAACCAGGCUAUUAUCACCUCCCCUGUUACAAUGCAGGCAGCUACACCCACUCCUACAACUGUGGCAACAGUGCCAGCGACACAGAAGGCUGUACCAAUCAAGCCAUCAACGCAGAAGCGGCGGCAGAAUAAUGCCAAUAUUGCUUCAAACACUAAUAUUGUGCGUUUGUCUAGUGGGCUUACGCUACCCCUCAAUGUUGCUACGGGUGAAGUCGGCGGAACGCAGAUUGUUACAGAAUCGGCCGCUGCCACGCCUCGGCCAGCAAAAGGUAAAAGAGGGCGGAAGAAACAGGUUGCCACCCCUCAGCCUGCCUCAACUCCUCCUACUUCUGAGCAAGUGGAAACAGUGCUGAUUGAAACCACAGCGAAUAAUAUCAUUCAGGCAGGAAACAAUCUUCUGAUUGUGCAGAGCCCAGGAGGCAGCCAGCCAGUGGUGCAGCAGGUGCAGUUGGUUCAGCCAAAAUCUGAACCACAGGUAGUGCAAAUACCCCAGCAGGCUUUAAAAGUGGUGCAGGCUGCAUCUGCGACACUUCCCCAAGUGCCCCAGAGACAACCUGCUGCUCCCAGUGUGCAGAUGGCCCCUUCUGAACCCACACAGGUGCUGAUUAAAACAGCUUCAGGUGAGUGGCAGGCAGUACAGUUGCAGAAGACCAUAGUUUCCACUCCAAAUACGCCGGUUGCCACGGCCACCCCUACCACUCUGACUGUUGUCAGUAAAAAGGCCCAGCAAGGAGCACGGAAAGAGCGAACGCUGGCAAAGAUCGCCCCUGCUGGUGGAGGGCCUAUAAGGCUAAACACAGCUCAGCUUGCCUCAGCAGGUCCAGCUGUUCAGACCAUCAAUAUCAACGGUGUACAAGUACAGGGAGUGCCUGUGACCAUCACGAAUGCUGGUGGUCAGCAGCACUUGACAGUCCAGGGGGGAGGGCUGCAGCUGGGCAGUGUACAGACGCAAGCGCAGCCACUGAAAGUGGACCAGACACUCGCACUCGAGCUGCAGAGCCAACCUGGUGAAAAGAAGCGACGCAUGGCAUGCACCUGCCCGAACUGCAAAGAUGCAGAAAAAAGGCCAGGUGAAGUAGGGAAGAGGAAGCAUAUAUGUCAUAUACCAGGUUGUGAGAAGACUUUUCGAAAGACGUCUCUACUGCGAGCGCAUGUGCGGCUGCAUACGGGAGAAAGGCCCUUCGUCUGCAGCUGGGUCUUCUGUGGAAAACGUUUCACGCGCAGUGAUGAACUGCAACGGCAUGCCAGAACGCAUACAGGAGACAAGCGCUUUGAGUGCUCAAAAUGUCAGAAGCGAUUCAUGCGGAGUGACCACCUAACGAAGCAUUACAAAACACACAUCAACACCAAGAACUUGUGAACGCUUGCUUUCUAAAGGUCUCAAGAACUUAAAAAGAAAAAACAAAAAACAAACCAACAAAAUGGACUCUUUCCCCUGGGAUGGAGAGUAGGGAGGGAUGUGUUUUAAUGGAUGACACCCCUCCCCCCUCACCUAAAUCACACAUUUGGUGUGUCCUAAACCAGGCCCUGUGGAGUAGUCUGCGCGUGCUAGCCCGGACUUCUCUCAUAUCUCAUUUUCUACCCAUCCCAUUUGUGAAAGGAGGGCUGGCAGGCUACCAGGGCCAGUAACGCCGGCAUCAUUCGUAUCUCGCUUGAUGCAGAAUCCCGACGUGGUGGCUGAGUAGUAUGGGAAAUCCUGAGUUUCUCAAUCAAAUUUUUCUUCCAGAGCUGGAAGAAUGAAGUGAGUAAAAGAGAGCAUCUUGGACAUAAAUUGCAGCACCAACUUUACUCCAGCCAAAAAAAAGCUCUAUUUUUCUCCAUAAUAUAUAUUUUAUUUUAUUUUUUUUUAGCCUUUUGACUGGUGUGUAGCAGCUCCUGGACCGCUUUUAUUGUGUAAAUGUUUGCUUGCAUACAAACAUACAUUUGUACAUACCUGGGCUAUUUUGAAAAUGAACAUGCUUGGAGUGUCUCUGUAAUCCAGCCAAGGCUCAUUUCAGAAUCUUACAUGUAAAUUUUGAAAUGAUCUAACUCCACUCUGUUAAUAUCUCAUCGCUGUUUUAUCAAAACCUCGUAAUUCAGUAUUUUUCAGGUUUUUAUUUUUUAUACUGUUGAAAUACAGCAACCACCCUAAAAUUGUGUGAAUAUUUCAUUACAAAUGGAUCUGUAGAAAUGGUCCAAAAUGACAUGGAGUUAAAUUUUGUUACAUUAACUUGCAUUAAAGUUUUUUUUGUCUUAAUGUAAAGCUUAUUCUGAAACACAAGGUUUUGGUACAACAGUGACAACUUUUAAGUGAUGUUUGGAACGAACAUAUUUUGCUGUGACAGGACAAUCAUGUCAUUAGAAUGGAAAGAAAAACAAAGACAUUGACAUCAGUUAAUAAUCGCCAGGGUAGGAACCAUUAAUUAAUUUACAGCAAAUUGCUAAUACACAUAGGAGGAAGUUGUAUUUGGAAGACAGAUGACAUAGUUUAGUCAUAAGUAUUUAGGUGGUAUAUUAGGAGAAAAUGUAUUCAAAUACAAAAUCUCAUUCAGAUAGCAGAAUGCAAAACCACAUUACAAUAUAUAUGCUACCUUUACCAAUAGAAAUGUGCACUCCCUUUUCAAAAAUCAAGAUGGAUGAUUUUUAUGACUUUCCUAAAUACAGUUCAUACUCAAUGAGUGACUGGUUUUGAAACACAGCCUAAGAGAUACCCAAGCAUUUUGGAAUUUAUUCCAAUCAACGUUAUGUAAAUGUUUAAUGUUCUGGUCCUCAAAAGUGCUUUAGGGAGGGAGGAGUCUGUGCACAAGUAUGUUUGUACUGUAUGUCUGAUUAUGUACAAGUAUAUCUCAGAGACCACACAAAGAGUAGGAUAUUUGUUACAAAAAUGACUGCAUUGGCUGCUCUGGCCGAAUCUGAAGGACGAGGACUGUGUACAGUGUAAAUGAGGAAAAGAAGUAACAUUUGUAUAGUUUCAUUCCUGUAAUACACAAGCCUACUAGAUGACCCUUUUUAUUGACUUAAAUGUUGCCUUAGAGAGCUGCACCCCUUAUUUAAAGAGAUUUCAGUCUAAUUACAUGGAAUUGCGUUUGUAGAACUGCUUUAUCUUUUGUCUAACUUGUAUUAAGAAAUGCCAAUUUUAUGUGCACUGACCAAAUUCAGGGUUUUAAUCAAGUGGUAAAGUUUAGUAUUUUGUUCAUGCACCAUGACUGGUUUAUUUUGUCAGAACCGGAAAAGGAAAAAAAAAGAGUCCUUCUUUCUAUCUUUCCUAGAUAAGACCCACACCUAAAAGUCCCUGUCUCUGAAAGCUGAUGAUAGGUAACUGUGUUUGUAUAACUUGUACUGAGGAGCUUAAACAAGAGCUUGCUACUUUUUCUACAGUCAGCCCAUCUCUCCCAAAUUGACACAAUAAAGCAUUCAGAUCA